CGGCCUUGCACUCCACAAAGAGGCAGAAUGUCAUUGGAUGCGGCAGCAGCUUCGAGAAAAGAGAAGCUAGCGGCGCUCAAGAAACGCAAAGAGACUCAUGACGCAGCACACGAGCACACGAAUGGCCAAGCAAGAGCGGAACCUUUCAAAUUUCGCAAUUAUGAUCCUGUGACGAGGCAGCCCAAGGGACAUGACAGGUCGGCGGAAGAAGAGACCGUCGAGUCACUCAUGAGGGGCAAGACGGCAGAGAUCAUUCGAGAGGACGAAGCGAGGCGGCAGGAGGAACUCGAUCUCACAAAUUUGCAACCUAAGAAGCCCAAUUGGGAUCUGAGACGAGACUUGGAUCGCAAGCUGGCCAGCCUGGAGCCCAAGACCAACGCUGCCAUCGCCCAACUCAUCCGCAACAGGAUAGCGGAGAGCAAGUCUCAGCAGGGUGGACAAGAUCUGGCGAGUGCGGUGGAGCAACGGACUGAAGAGUCCGAUGAAGAUGAAGAUGUAUAAGCUCGCAUCAUGUUGUGAUAGUCCCAUUGUAGAGCAAUCAACACAGAACAGUUGCAUAGCAAUACAGAUCGACGCUCAUGCACCGCCAG